AGUGAAAAUCUGCCACUGGAGCCCAGCCUCGGGUGGCCCGGCAUGGAGGCAGCCACAGCAGCAGAGGUGGCCUCGGGACCCACGCUGAAGGUGAAAGAAGUCAGCCCAGCUGAUGCCGAAGAACUCCAGACUUCACCUCGACAGGGAGCCGGCAGCCCCAUUCCCCAGCUCCUCCUGUCCCCUAUAGAAGAGAACCCCAAGAUCUGGCUACCUCGGGCCCUAAGGCAGACCUAUAUCCGGAAGGUUGGAGACAUUGUGAACCUACUAAUCCCGUUCCAGGGCAAACCCAAACCUCGAGCCACUUGGACACAUAAUGGCUGUGCCUUGGAUGCCAGUCGUGUGAGCGUGCGGAAUGGGGAGCGGGACUCCAUCCUCUUCAUCCGAGAAGCCCAGCGUGCUGAUUCGGGUCGCUAUCAGCUCAGUGUGCAGCUGGGUGGGCUGGAGGCCACUGCCACCAUUGACAUCUUGGUGAUCGAGAGGCCUGGCCCUCCUCAGAGUAUCAAAUUGACGGAUGUUUCGGGCUCCAAUGCUACGCUGGAGUGGACACCUCCCCGAGACACAGGCAAUGCAGCACUCCUGGGAUACACGGUGCAGAAGGCCGACACAAAAUCUGGGCUGUGGUUCACGGUGCUAGAGCAUUAUCGCCGCACCAGCUGCACAGUCUCCAACCUCAUCGCUGGCAACUCCUAUGCAUUUCGAGUCUUUGCUGAAAACCAGUGCGGGCUCAGCGAGACAGCCCCCAUCACUGCCGACCUCGCCCACAUCCAGAAAGCAGCUACUGUUUAUAAGACCAAGGGUUUUGCCCAGCGAGAUUUCUCUGAAGCCCCAAAGUUCACCCAGCCUCUGGCAGACUGCACUACAGUCACCGGCUACGAUACUCAGCUCUUCUGCUGUGUCCGCGCCUCUCCCAAGCCAAAGAUCAUUUGGCUGAAGAACAAGAUGGAUAUCCAAGGUGACCCCAAGUACAGAGCCCUCACAAAUCUGGGAAUCUGCUCGCUAGAAAUCCGCAAGCCUGGUCCCUUUGAUGGGGGCAUCUACACUUGCAAGGCAGUUAACUCCCUGGGGGAGGCGUCGGUGGACUGUCGGGUGGAUGUGAAAGGUAAGGGCAGAAUUCAUGCCUUAAGGUGCGUCAUCUCCUCUCUCCAAAGGUGGAAAAGUCAGGGCAGAGAUACAAGCCUAGAUGGAGAAGGGUUUGGUUUGAUUCCCAUUUCAGGCCCACUCAUCACUGUCAUCAACAGGAUGUAUUUGAGGAGCCAUUUUUAUUUUCCACUAUCUCAUUUCUUUCUCUCCAUCCUAAUUCUGGAAUAUAGGAAGAAUUGCUAUUUAUAUUUUGCAAAGGAGGAACCUGAAGCACAGGGAGGUAGGUGAAGGGUUUACCCAAGGUUUCUACUGUUAACUGAGGAGUUGUCACUAUGGUAGAAAGAGCCCAUGUCUCCUGGUCCUCAUCCAGAUCAUUUUUCUUUAAACUAUAGUCUGCUUCUGACUCAGUCUAGGAAAGCUGCAGCUGUUUUUUGAGCUUUUAGACAAACCAAAGACAAAUGCACAUCCUCUCUACCUCUUUUAAAGUAUUCAUUCUCUUAUCCAUUCCUGUCACCUCGUUCAGAUCUCCAUCAUUGCAUUUAGCACUUUGUUUUUAUAAUGGUCUAUUUACUGAUCUGUUUCCCCAUUAAACUAUGAGCACUGUGACGGCAAGGACAGUUUUAUUUGCCUUUGCCGCCUUCUCCUCCCCCUACCCCCACCAGCUAGCAUUCAGCCCAGGUUCGGACAUACGGUGGGCUCUCUCUAAGCGUGUGUAGCAUGAAUCAAGAAUGAAUGAGUCAUUACAUGACCUGUUCUUCUCUACGCACAGACUCCUCAUUAGCACCAUGGACUCCCAAAAGACCAGAGAAGUAUAUCCCUUCCCAGUACUCUGAAAGAAGGUUUCCCAACGCAUAGACACAGACAACAGUUUAGUGGUUACCAGAGAGGAAGGGGAG